AUGCCAAGUGACGGAUUUUGUUUCGUCAGUACUUGGUCGGGCGUGCAUGCUGUGCGGACGCCGCAGCGACCGGUGUGCGGGUCCGUCGGACACGCGAUACCACGUCACCGACUCUGGAGACGACGUGCAGGCGUACUUGGCACGCAAGCGAGUACAGUGCGCUCAGAGGGCACAGUCUCCGUGACAGCACCGCGUCGUCAGCAGGGUCUCAUUCAGCACAAACGAGAAGCCUUCUGGUUCUAUCGUUUUCUCUCCCUCGUCUAUGAUACGGUCGUGAAUCCCUUUCACUGGACGACUGAGAUGCGCGACGCAUCCCUGCGUCAAGCAGGUUUGGAAGAGGGGCGCGGGCGUCCUGACUUUAAAGUGCUUGAUGUUGGUGGAGGAACAGGUUUCUGUACGGAGGGUAUCGUGCAGUACGUUUCGCCGAGUCAAGUAACGCUGCUGGACCAGUCGCCACACCAGAUGCAAGUUGCAAAGCGCAAGCCGAGUCUCCAGGGCGUAACGUUCGUCCAGGGCGACGCUGAAGCACUCGCUUUCCCAACUGACUCGUUUGACCGCGUCGUCUCGGCGGGCUCGAUCGAGUAUUGGCCAGAGCCGCAGCGCGGCAUCGCUGAAGCGUACCGCGUGCUAAAACCUGGCGGCUUGGCGACGAUCAUUGGGCCGGUACGCGCAACCAACCCAGUUAGUCGCUUUUUUUGUGACUUGUGGAUGCUUUUCCCCAUGGAAGAGGAGUAUCGUGUAUGGUUCACUCGUGCCGGCUUUACCGAUCUCAAGGUUUCCUACAUAGGCCCGCCAGCAUACAAAGGUAUUCGGCAGCAUGGGUUGAUCAUGGGGCUAACCAUCACUGGUCGCAAACCAGCGCCAGGGGAGGCGAAAAUCCAGCUGGGUCCCAUGCGGGAGCGGUUGGAUCAGUCGAAACCGAUGUCACUGGGAGAGCGCUUGAUAUUCUUGGCGCGAUGGAUCCUUGGAUGUAUCGCUGGAUUUUACUACUUUGUGCUUCCAUUUGCGAUCAUGUUGUAUGCCGCCAUCUUCAUUCGAGACUCAAAACGCGCCAACAAGGAAGCUGCUUAG